AUGCGUGAGAAGGACGUAAGUAGCGAGGGACGCGAGCCGAGUCAAGUUUUUCCCACCGGCUCUCCCCUCGAGCCGCGCCUGUUCUCGCUCACCCGCUGCGUGCAACACAAUGCAACGAUCCGAAAAUCCGGGGGUAAGGAAAAGGACCCGCAAGCCUCGUGGCAGAGGUUUACGGACGGUCACUGGCUGAGGCACAAGAAAUGUGACGAAACGCGGCCCAUGUGUGGACCAUGUUCCAAAUCCAACAGGGAGUGCAUGUAUCCAAGUGUUGGUACCAGCUCUAUCACAAGCUCCAAUGAAUGCUCUGAGCCGGUCCAGGUAGAGGCUGGGCCCGGAGCAAGUGAUCAGCCAGAUCUGCCCAGUGAGCAAGGAGCCAUAGAGACGAAUGAUGCCUCUCCUGGCUCUCCUGGCUCAACGCAGGCGUUAGAUCCACUGCAUGAAGUGCCUGGCCCGGUACUACAUACUUCACCAGACCGCCCACAUGUCCGGCUCGAAGAGCCUGAGACUGGCCCGAUCCCUAAUGGACCUCAAGAAGUUGGACCACAGGUGGCCUUCGACGAUAGUAACCACAUUCAAACCGUUUACAACACUCCAGAUACCAUCCUCUCGGAGUAUCUCACCACUGACCUCGCCUCCACACGAUGGCUCGACCUCUUAGCAGCAGACGCCGCCCAGGCAGACAAGGCAUUCUCUCUGCCCCCAACCCGGUAUCCAAGUCCAGCACUUGGUGACCUCGGCUUUGAACACAGUGCUUCUCAACCUGACCCGCAGAGCUUAAGCGCUGCUGUCUCCCAGGCCCAGGCUGGGCUUGGAAGUAACGACUACUCGCGGCUUAACCAACCAAUACCUGAUACCAAUGAUCUUCCCGCGUAUGAGCGGCACGCGUGGCAGCUCGACCAAAAUAUUAGCCUCCAAGACCACGAGGUUGACUUGUUUCGGACAUUUGCUGAACGGGCUGCACUGUGGCUGGAUGUGUUCGACCCCUUUAAGCAUUUCUCCACGCACGCAACAAGGCUGGCACUACGAAACCUCGGCCUCAUGAAGGCCAUCCUGGCUUUAUCAUCCCGCCACGCAAUAGCACAAGCUACUCAAGUUGUAACAUCCCCAGGCAGCACCCAGCUAGGAGCCAACCUCCCCAUCCAGUAUUACUACGAAGCCCUCCACUAUCUCCAACAAGCCCUUCAGUACACCUCCUACACCCGCUCGGAGGAGCUUCUUGCAACUGCUAUAAUAAUAUCGACGUACGAGAUGCUUGAUGACUCCAACAGCAACUGGAAGCGCCACCUCAGGGGCGUGUUCUGGAUACAGCGCUCUCAAGAUGUCAAUGGCGCCUCAGGGGGCCUACGGCAGGCCGUCUGGUGGGCGUGGCUGAGACAAGACCUGUGGGCGGCUUUCAGAGAGCGGAGGGCUUGUUUCAGCUUCUACAAGCCCGAAAAGGAUGUGAGCGAGCUGGGGCAGGAUGAACUGGCCGACAGGGCCGUGUACCUGCUGUCGCAGUGCGUGAACUACUGCGCGCACGCCACAUCAACGGCGCUCCCCGUCACCGACAAGAUAGAACUAGGCGAGGCGCUCCUGGUGGCCCUGGAGCGCUGGAAGGGCUUCCUCGGCCCGGAGUACCUGCCCUUCCCCAGCAGGUCGGCCGGCUCCGGGGCCGUCUUCAAGCCCAUCUGGAUCCACCCGCCGCGCUUCGCAGUCGCCAUGCAGGUCUACCACUUUGCCCGCAUCCUCGUCACGCUGCACCUGCCGGCCGUCGAGGCUGCUGGGUUCCAGGGCUACCUGAAGACGCAGCGGGUGCUCUCCGAGGCUGUCGAUAGCAUCUGUGGCAUCGCCUUGGAGCUGAAGGACGAGGGCUGCCAGAUCAUCUCGGCGCAGUGUCUUUUUGGCGCUGGGCUGUGUACGCAGGAUGAGGGCAAGAGGGAUUUCAUCCUGGAGCUGAUCAGGCGAUGUGAGGGGCGGACUGGGUGGCCCAUGGCGAGUAUGAUUGAGGACUUGAGAGGAGAAUGGGCGAAAGUUGGCUGA